AUGGCAGGCCGCUUUGUGCUCAAAUGGCUCUCUUUAGCCUUGUUCCACGGCCUGUGUGUUUCGGCACAGGAUUACCCAUUGCCAGAGCCAUGCACUGGGCCAGCCUGUAUCGAUAUCAACGGACUCACGUACCAGGACUUUUCCGUGAUUCGCCGUGAGUCCGACGGCAUAUACUUCCGCUACUCCAAGUCCAACGAGACAGGUCAAGGGCUGUCCGUGGCCACCGCACCGGCCUUGGGAGGGCCAUGGAACUAUGCAUUUGAGAUCCUCACCGAGCUCGUCAAUCCAAUGGCGAGUGACCGAGCUGCUACCAAUGUGUGGGCGCCCGAGGUGCAUUUUGUCGAUGGCACCUACUACCUUUUCUACAGCAUCAACACCGCUCCCUUCAACUUUGACCUUUGCGUCGCCACAUCGCCGGACAUGGAGCCGGACAACUGGACGGACCACGGCAGCAUGAACGUCCCGGUUUCAACGACUGGAGUCGACCAGGCCACCGAGAGCUAUGUCCGGCUGGAUGGAAACAUGCUCGCCGACUCGACGGAUCCAAGCGGCGUCGAUGGCUUUCACUACAUGACAUUUGGCUCUUAUCAAUGGGGCUUGUACGGAUUCCAGGUGUCGGAUGACCUUCUCACGAUCAAGGACGGUGCAACCGUCGAUAUGGUCUAUCUGGAACAGUAUAACGGAGGAGAAUAUGCUGGAAACAAGACCGAGGGUCCAUAUCUCUUGACUAACAACGGAUACGUUUAUUUCUUCUAUUCGAUCGGCAACUGCUGCGCUGCCGACGACACUUCGUACAACGACUCCGUAUACCGAGUGCAAGUCUGCCGCAAGCUAGUAACCGACCUCCCAACUGGUCCUUACCUGGACCGUGAUGGAGCCGACUGCCUCAACGGCGGCGUUGACCGAGCUGGCACCACCAUCCUCGCCAGUCGGGAUGACGGCCAGGUGUUUGCGCCGGGGUCAAUUGGAAUCUUGACCGACCCUGACCUGGGUAUGGUGAUGACAUAUCAGUAUUGGAACAUCACCCAAGCCAACCAGGACGCGGACCCUAAGCUCGAUGGCCUUCGCUUUGGUUACAACCUUCUUAGUUGGGAUUCAGACGGAUGGCCAAUGCUGGUCGCCUCAUCAUGA